AUGUUUAGAAGAUGGUUUGCCUUUAAGCAUUCAGUUUUCCAGAUACACUUCUUAGCACAAUAUAUAAAUUCUCUGCAUGAGUGUAAUCACAGCUCCCCAGUUCAGCAAGCCAUGCAAUUGUCACUUCUUAUCGCCGUUCAUUUGCUGGCCUUCAGCUCAUCUUGUUAUGGUGGUCAACACAAAAUAGUGGGAGGAAAAACAGAGCAAGAUGCCAGUAACCCUGAGUAUAUGAAGAUGGCUUGGAAAGCAGUCAAAACCAUUGCAGAACAAGCCGAUGCAGCAACGAAAGUGUUCUUGAUUCCAGUCGAGGUCCGCAAAGCCGAAACGCAGGUUGUGGCAGGUAUCAAAUACAUACUGGAAGUAGUUUAUGGUGAAUCAAAGUGCGAAAAAGAGAAGAUUGCUCCUGAUGAAGUGACACAGGCUAACUGCCAAUUGAAGGAAAAUCCAAUGAAAGCUCUCUACAAAGUUGUGGUUUGGUCAAAGCCGUGGCAGAACUUCGAGCAGUACACCGUCACGAAGAUCCGCGACCUCUAAAAACACUGAUGAUUUUGCCCUGAUAUGCAUUGAAUAAAAUAUCAACCGUUUGUCGCAAAUUUCA